UGUUGCUUACAGAAAGAACGUCGAUUCCCAUUUGAAGUUUAUUUCACUCCAUUAUUAAUAUCAAUGGCAACCAACAUUACAACAAAACAACAACAAUCAAGAAAACGUCAGAGAUUCAGUCAUGCACAAAAGCUCCUUCCUAACCAACAAGUUGAAGUAAGGAGUGUUGAAGAAGGGUUCCGUGGUUCGUGGCAUCAAGCAACAGUACUCGAAUGUAGAACUCAACUUCGUGUGGUGAAAUAUUAUCAUUCCUUAUGUGAUAAUCAUUCAGAGGAGCAUAUCGAGUUCAUUCCAGUUUCAUUUGCAGUUGAUGGCAAAAUUCCGGUUAACUGGCAACCAUCUGACUACCCAAAUUAUCGGGGCAAGAUAAGACCGAUGCCCCCUCGGGUUUUCCAUGAUAAUUUUUGUCUUCGUUAUGGACAAUGUGUGGAUGUAUAUUAUGGAUAUGCAUGGUGGGAAGGUGUUGUUUUUGACCAUGAUGAUGGUUCAAGUGAACGAUUAGUUUUCUUUCCUGAUAUGGGUGAUGACUUGAGGAUUCCGGUUAAGAAUAUAAGGGUUACUCAGGACUGGGAUGCAGCUAGCGAUGAAUGGAAGCUUCGAGAUGAUUGGAUUCUUUUUGAAGUGGUUGAGGAAUUUAAAGUAGAAUGGCCACUUUCUGUUUCCAUGAAACAAAUUUGGUAUGAAGUGAGGAAGACAAAUUGUUUUGUUAGAGAAAUGAAAGAAUGGACGUGCCCCAUAAAAGAAAGAUGGAAAGAAAUUGUAAAAGAGGUUAUGGUAAAUAACUUUAAGUUGACAAUGCUCGGGUUUUGUCACAGAUAUAAGCUUUCAGAGGAUUUGGAUAUAAAGAAAUGCUUUGUCGAUUCCAUGAUAAAUCUUGAACCAUCAUUUUCUGAAUCUCUUGUUGAUGGUGACCUACAUUCAAAACUUGACAUGGUUUUGGCUAUCAAGUCUCUAUACGAGAAUCUUAGUUUUCCUACCGAAGUUUCUGUUUCUAAGUUGACUAAAACCAUUGACCAUUGUGCUGUCACGCGUUCAUCUGAAGUUAUAAAACCUGAUUUUUCUGAUAUUUCAAGAAAUCUUGAAUCAGCAAUAUCAUCGCCACAUAUGACAGAAGAACCACAAACACAGGAUCUUCAUGUGAUCGAAUCUGAAUACUGCCCACAAGCAGUGGUUGACUAUCAUUCCCUGAUAAUGGAUUCAAACUUUAACUUACGAAAGACAGAAGAUUCCAGGUUUAAAAACCUACAACUUAGUGCUAGAAAGCAUCUUUUUGCUGUUGGUUGGUCAAAUUUCUAUCUUGAGGAUACUUCAGGUAGGAAAGAACUUGUGUAUAGUUCCCCAAAUGGAAGAAAGUUCUAUAAUCUUCAUGAAGCCUGCAUUUAUUAUUUCAGUGAACCCUCGUGUUUUGAGAUCGAUAAUGCUUCCGGAACAAAUGUUGGUAAUGUAGAAGACUUGAUCAAGAAAAACAUUAGUGUUUUGCAUAGUGAAAAGGAAGUCGUAAAGAAAGAUAUAUCUUUGAAGACUAAUCAUGUAAAAGGGUCAAGUAAAAGGGCUCGUAUAGGAUUUCCACCAAUAUGGAAGGAUAAUGAAGGCAGGUCGGGUAACACGUAA